AUGGGACCGCUCUGCAGAUCGACCAGUUACGGGUUCCACGACGCCCUUGCCAUCGGAAAAAGCAGAAACAGUUCUCCCUCAACCGGUUCAUCCACAGCAGAUUUCUUGUCCCGUGACAUCCGCCAUCCGUCAAAGUACCAAGAAGAUCAACAUGGGCACUGCCACCAGCUUCGGCUAAUCGGGCGUCUGGAACUCGGGCAAAACGGGCCUGCUCAACCCGCCCGACACCUAGGCCGUGGACAGUCUACCGUCGCCGGUGAAUCGCGACAGCUUCAGCAGAAGUUCGGAACGCAAGAUCCGCACCGACAAGAUUUGCUGACCGCAAAACGACCGGCCCACAUCGGCAUCGUUGAAGCGUCGUUAAGCAAAAUAGCCUUCCUCGUGAACCCUCAGAAUCUUCCCCGCCAGAUCGUAACGCCGGAAGAUCUGGAGCAAACGACGCUGCUGAUAUCGACGUCGACGCAAACCAGUCCGGACUCGAAUUUUGUGGUCGUUGGCGAAGCGCAAGAUCGGUCAUCAAUGUCGAAGUCAACGGGAACGGCCAGAAUAACAGCCAUGUCCAGGAGUUCAAAACCGGCGACGGCAACGAACCACACGAAUACAUACCACGAAAUCUUCGACGAUGACAUUUCAACAGAGAAGGUGAUCAGCGAGACGUCCCUGCUGGAUGAGAUGGGGACCAUUUCAAGAGAAACCAGCACGGACAUUGGGGAAGGGCAGGGAGUUUCCGUCACUCUGGGAGAAGGGAUGGUCAAAAUCUGCAUCAGGCACACGUUCCAACCACUAACCUGGGCAUCAACUCGUCAACCCCCUGCAGACCGUAGGCAGCCUGAGCAAACUGGUCAAACGAACGAUUUUAACCAACGGUCCCGGACGAACCAGCAGCUGCUGCAUUAUUUCAAAAGUUUGAAAACUUUGAUAGGGCGUUUGUGCCCAACGCCAGUUGCUCCAGCUCGUUCGACGGAGUGAGUCCGUCACAGAUGUCACAGAACUCAACACUACGGCCUAUCUUAGGAGUUCACCCUAACAACGAAGCGAGCGAGAUCCGGCCAACGAAAGAGGAAAAACUGUGAGCCGAUUUUGGAGAAAACACAACUAAAUUAUUUAGAAGUGAACCCGUGCACCACAGGUUCAUUAUGCUAGGGUAGAAUCCAGGGAAAAUAUUGAACUCAAAGUGCAAAAAAUCGCUGGCAACAAUGACUACGGCGGUGUGUACCUUUGAAAGAAACGGACAAUAAUAAAUGUGAUUUUUAAUUUGUCAAUAUUAACUACUUGUUUGCUUUUGAAUUCGAUCUCAUGAGCGGGGUUCAUCUUAAGCUCUUGGCCAAUCUAACUCGUGAACGGAGAGGGUUUGGGGGUCAAUAUUGUAUUUUUUCAUCAUAUUUAACAAUACAAAAAAGUAAAGCUGAAACCAGAAAUAAAAAGAAAAUCCAAGGCGACUUCAAUGUUCGUCUCUCGUCGAAAUCCAUGAUAAGGAGUGAGGUGACCAAAUAAGGUCAAAUAAGUUUAAAACAUGCAUACACUCAAACCCCGAUGGUUUGACACGUUUGUUUUGAUAGUGUGCGUGAGCGGAAACGAAAAAGUGACCAACUACCGAGGGUUGAGUGUAUGCCCCAGCUAGAUGCGUCUGCAGCGUAGAGGCGUACAGGAAGUAAUCGCCGGCGACUUUUCCUUGGCCAGUUCUAACGCGUCCCGGACGAGCUUGGCACCGUCUCCGGUGGACAUCUGCACCAGUUGCAGCCCGGCCAGCUUCAGGAAGGUCGAAUUUGUUUGCACACAGGUACGAGUCAUCAGCGUGCAGCACUCCCUUCAGCGGAUGAAUUCCCCAGGUUCUUGAACUUGUCCUUGAGCGGCAUCGACAGCACGACGGUCCAACCCGCCAAUGUCCGAGUACUGCUCGGUGGGCCGUUCGUCCACCUCCAUCGCCUUGACGCGCGCGUCCUUCUCGGCCAGAAGUGUCUCCAGGAUGAGGUAAGAGUGCUUGUUCACGACCACCAAAUCGCACGGCUUGAGCUUGUCCGGAUCAACCAGGCCAAUCACGGGCAAAAAGGACGUCUGCCGUGUCGAAGUCUUAAUGACGGUGCGCUCGCUCUUCCGCUAGGAAUCCAGCACCAGCACCAGCUCGAUCGACUUGUCCUCCAGAGUUACCGCCAUCUCGCUUGCUGGUGCCUUACUGAGUCCGGAACACGCACCAAAUUCAACACAAAACAAUGGAUAAUCCGGAUUUACUACGACAAAGCUGCUGGCCCUGGAAAUUGCCGGAUGAUAACAGAGCGCCAGCAAAUCUCCCGGCCAGGAAAUGUAAUCGAGACAGAUUGAUUUUGUUUGUUUGUAAACAAUCAGCA